ACUGAUAAUUAAAAAAAAUAAUAUUUGGGAUACAUCACAAUUUCAAAAGAGAAAUUGAAAAUAUGAUCAGUGAAUGAAUAUCCCGGGUUUAUUUAUUUUUUUGAAAAUUUACAGCUUAUUCCUACCCAAGCCAGGAAUUGAAAAUAUGAUCAGUGAAUGAAUAUCCCGGGUUUAUUUUUUUUGAAAAUUUACAGCUUAUUUCUACCCAAGCCCGGCUUUGAUGAUCUGAUAUUUGACAUAGUAAAAAAAAACUUAAUAGUUAGAAAAAAAAUUUGAAUUAUUUAAAUGAUAAUGAUAAAUCAUUAUAAUGAAUCUUUACCAAAUGAUAUGCAAUAAUUAGUUAUAUAAAUUUAAUUUAUUAGGGAAAACAAAUUAUACAUUACCAAAGCGUCUACUUCCUCACAAAUUACCGCCAAAACAAGUCAAAAUGUUAGGUCAAGAGGAUAUCGGCGCUAUUGAUUUCGAAGAUUCAUUUCAAUAUGGAAACGAUCAACAAGGGGCACAACAAAAGAAAAGUCCACCGUCUCAAAUUAAAAACCAAAUCAAUCAAGAUUCAUUUUUUACACCAGAUUGUAGAUUAUGCCCAAAUAGCGCAGCGUUACCUAAUGUGAUUUGCGGUGUUAGAGGUGGUAUUAUUUGUCCAAGCAAUUUUUUUUGCGAUCUUAGACCGACAUCUAAAAAAGUACAAGAUCAAUAUGGUUGUUGCUGCCCUUUCCCUACUGCACCUCCCGGAUUUGUGACUUCGAACAUAUCGACAGCUUUGAGUACAGCAGUGACUUUGAGCCCAACAACCUCGACUCAAAUAACUCCAAUAGUGACAAUUCAGGUUGUAACACAGAACCCAUUCGCUUGUGGGGAUCCAGGGACCAUGGUAGCUGGCUGCGAUCCUUGUUCAAAUAUUGUACAAUGUCUAAACGGUGCUACCUCCGUCGUCUGCGUUCCCCGGAAUUGUAAUUAUGUAUGCGAGGCUGUUUUUAUUGACGCCAUCAAUAAUAUAUUCACCACUUGCAUUCAAUUCAUGUUCAUGGGCUAAUCACGUCAACAUUUGUUAAUUUUAAAGCUGGUUACAUAAAAUAAGAUAAUUAUAUAAAUUAAAAUAUAUAAUAUAUUUUCUGACUAUAAAUAAAAUAAUAAUAGUGGCAUAAAUACU